UCCACUGCAGCCCUUUCGACAGUUCUUUCUCUGUUAAUUUUGUUUACAAUAAUCGGUAAUGUAUCAGUGAUAAUUGCUAUAACUCGUGAAAAGACUCUUCAAACGAAAGGCAAUUGCUUGGUGCUGUCUCUCGCCGUUGCAGAUCUUCUAGUUGCAUGUUUGGUUAUGCCCUUAGGAGCAGUAUAUGAAGUAAAACGAGAGUGGAACCUUGGCAAAGAAUUGUGUGACAUCUGGACAUCUUGUGACGUGCUAUGUUGCACAGCCUCAAUUUUGCAUCUAGUAGCUAUCGCUGUGGACAGAUACUGGGCAGUCACAGAUAUCGAUUACGUUCGUCAAAGACAAUCAUGGCACGUGGGUCUUACAAUAAUAAUUGUUUGGUUAGUUGCUCUUUCUGUGUCAGUCGCACCUCUUAUUGGUUGGAAAGAUGAGCACCACGAGGAAAGAGUGCUAAACGAAAAAAGAUGUUUAAUCAGUCAAGAUCCUGGUUAUCAACUUUUUGCUACUUGUGCUACGUUUUACGUUCCUUUAAUAGUGAUCCUGUUUUUGUAUUGGAGAAUAUUUCGAGUGGCUCAAAAACGAAUUCGUCGUAGACCAGGAACACGUGCAGAGUCCCGAUUGGUAUCUGCUACUGUCAUGGCAUCACUAGUCACUGAGAUGACUUUAAUUUCGACCACAACUUCUUCAUCACACCCAAGUGAAGCAAGUCGAUCUGAGGAUUACUUAUGGGAUCAAAGCAAAGAACAUGUUUUGAAAAAACGAAGAAGAGUUAACUUGAGAUCAAAACGUGAAAGAAAAGCAGCUAGGACACUGACAGUUAUAACCGGAGUUUUUGUUAUUUGUUGGCUUCCUUUUUUCAUUAUGGCGUUACUUAUGCCAUUAUGCGAAGACUGUCAACCAAGUAAUGCCCUUUUUAGUUUUGCAUUGUGGCUUGGUUAUGCCAACUCUAUGCUCAAUCCAGUUAUUUAUACUGUUUUCAGCCCGGAUUUUCGAAUGGCUUUUAAGCAAAUUUAUUUAAAUUCUUGCCGUUUUUAA